UUAUGACGUCACAAACAUGGCGGACGAAAGCAGUUCAAGUCCAGGAUAUUGGCAACAAACUCGUCUAACAUAUAGUGAUGGGACCACCUACCUAGUCAAACUGGACAUGCCAACGAUUCAACGUUUAGAGAAUGGAGAUACUCAACUUCUUGAAACAAUCAGGGCUAAUAUAGAAUCAUCAAAAUUGAAAAAAACCUCUUCAGCCACAGGUGGUGCAUUGGCGUCAUCCUCCAACAACUACCCUCCAUCCGUCACAGGUGGUGCAUUUGCGUCAUCCUCCAACAACUACCCUCCAUCCGUCACAGGCGGUGCAUUAGCGUCAUCCUCCAACAACGACCCUCCAUCCGUCACAGGUGGUGCAUUGGCGUCAUCCUCCAACAACGACCCUCCAUCCGUCACAGAUGGUGCAUUGGCGUCCUCCUCCAACAACGACCCUCCAUCCGUCACAGGUGGUGCAUUGGCGUCAUCCUCCAACAACGACCCUCCAUCCGUCACAGGUGGUGCAUUGGCGUCAUCCUCCACUGAGGAAAAUCUUCCAAAAUUUUGGGGAAGACGAGAAACAGCUCUACUGUUUGACUUGCGAUCAACUAUGGAAUCCGACUUUCAUUCCAUGAGAACACACAAAGUACUUUGGAAAAAAAUAAGUGAAAGCAUGAAUAAGAAGGGGUACAAAUCUACGCCUACACAAUGUGAGAACAAGUUUAAGAGUUUGAAACGAGAAUACAGGAACACUGUGGAUCACAAUUCAAAAACUGGAAACGACAAAAAGUCUUGUCCUUUUUUCCGAGUUUCAGCAGUUGUAUGGCAUGAACGCCUCCACAAGACCAUCAGUAGCGAUUAG